AUGAUAUUUAGAAUAUAUUCACAAUCAGCUUCCGAGUUCAAUCGAACUUUAUGGUUUCCAACUCCAACUUUAAACUAUAUUCCAAAAAAAUUGCAAUAUUUUCUAUGGCUCGAAAUUCUCAUGUACACUUUCUGCUUCUGUGUGAUCUUGAGAUGUGUUCAGAUUCUCUUGAAAACUCACUUGAUUCAUACGAACUUCAGUAUUAUAAUAAUUGCUUUUUGGAUUCAAUGGAUCGAAGUUUUCAUCGCAAAAAUGAUAAAUCUUCGAUAUCAAUACGGAAUAAUUAAAAUCAAUGGUACUUUUCAGAAAAACUUGGAGAAUAUUUAGGUGAAAAAAUUAUUUUUUAAAGAAAUCUCUCGCUCAAUUUGGUGGACUGAUAAUUCUUCCGAAAUGAUACAUCUUGAAAAUAUUGAAAAAAUUCAGCCACUUUAUAUUGCUGCAUUAUUACAAUGGCAUUAUGUUUAUUCGUUGCUUUUAGGAGUUGGCGGGGUUGUUUUUGAAAGACUUGCCGCCACAUAUUUUAUCAAGUUAGUCUAACUCAUCUCGUCUAGCUUGAAGGCAAUUAGACAAUUAUUUCAAUUUUUCUUGAAACUUAGUGUCAAAAAUAGUUCAAUAUAAAACGAACCAGUGAAAAAAUUCCCAAAUCCUUUUAAAUCCAGCGGAUUGGUGUGUGCAAACAAGGCGACGCACUUUUGCGUACAGAAAAAUUCUCAGUUCAAGUCAGAGGCUUCGUGGGUGGUCUCGGUCAACUGUAAUAGUAAUGUUUCCAUCAAUCAAAAAUUAAUUUCAGUGACUACGAAAAAAGAAAGCGCAGAGUUAUUCCAACUAUUCUCAUCCUAUCCACUCACAUCUUCUCAAUUCCUUUUUCUCUGAAAGCCAUCGAAUAUAAAAUCCCUAUAGCCAUAAUUUUAGGCAUUGUUGUUAUUCUAAUGAUUGGCCUCUUCUUUGUAAGUUCUUUAAUGUCUAGCAAACAUCUAUUAUGUUUUUUCAGGCCUAUUUUCUGGUUUUCAAACUAAAUACUCAUUUGGUCACACGAACUUUGAGCCAAAAAUUUCAACGAAAAGAAAAUCUGCGAGCCUUGAAAAUGAUUCGAAAAUUUGUGAUAGUUCUAGUCACCUACACAUUAUUGGCUUGUAUUUUCUUUUUUCUUCUGGUCUUCAAGUACAUCACAAAAUAUGUGGGAUUGUUUAAUCAUUUGUUAGAAGCGUGGAUCUAUUUGUAAGUUUUUCUUACAUUUAGUGUAGCUGGAAAUCGCAUGCUUGCGUGAAAAUUUCAGAAAUCCAAUCUGCUACACUUUUGGAAUGCUCUAUUGCUCAGAUGAGUGGUGGAGAGCAUUUUUUGGGCUCAACAGAAAAGGAGCAAACCGAAUUGACUUCAAGAGAGUUGAAGAGAAUGCUAAUGUUUACUUCAGUCAACUCAAUAAUUCGUGGAGAUGAAAGCAUUUUUUGUUUUCUGAUUAAUUUUGUAAGACAGUUACCUACUUCGAACGGUUUUUCAAAAAUUCCAAAAUAUUCGUUCUAGCCCAAGUUAUCUUUUCUUUUUCAUCAGCUUGUGAAAAAAAAUCAGAAUCAGACACGUUAUUCUCAAAAAAUGCGAUAAAAAGAAUUAUAUACCGAUGAAGAAGGAAAUUAGUUAAUUAUAAGUUAUCUUUUCUUCUAAUAUCUUGCCUAUUUUUAUAUCAGAUAACACAAUGAUUGUGAAAAUCCAGAGUGAAAAUAACAGAAGUAUCUGGAUUCCUUCACCAACUCUAAAUAGUGAUUCCUAUAUUGCUUUACUAAUCGAAAUAUUUUUGAUGAUAAUUUGUUCAAUAGUAGUUAUUCGCUGUGUAUUCGUUUUGCUAAAAACUCGUCAAGUUCAUCUAAAUCUAAGUCUUGCGAUAAGUAUCAUCUGGUUACAAUGGUUCGAAGUUGCUCUCGCAAAACUGUUCAUGUUACCCUAUCAAUAUGGAUUCUAUAAGAUAACUGAUUCUGAUGCAAGUAUUUCUUAUUGGUGGACAAGUGAUUCAUCAGAAAUGAUAUUAGUAAGAAAUUAUGAGAGCAUUUCAAAUCUUUACAUUGGCUCAUUUCUAUUGUGGCAUUAUUUAUAUUCUUUGAUUAUUGGCGCGGCUGCGAUUCCAGUUGAACGCAUUUUUGCCACGUUUUUUAUCGGGUAACCUCAAAAUUAGAAAAGAAUCCCAAGUUUUCAAAAAAAAAAAAUUAUUUUCUAGAGAUUAUGAACGAAGCUCGAGACGUUUGAUAGUUAUCAUCCCAUUUCUAAUAACUCAUCUAAUCGCAAUCCCUUUAGCUUUUUCAUCACUCGAAUAUAAAACUUCGCUAGAAAUGGUGAUUGGUGUUUUUAUUCUUCAAGGAACAUAUGUUUUCGGAGUGAGUAGACACCUUUUUUGCAAUGACAAAGACAAAAUAUUUGAGUGGGGCGAACAUGCACAUUUCGCAAAAUCUAUUCGUCUAAUUUUCAUAAACCCAGGCCCCAAAAAACACACAUUUCCUCCAGUUUUCCUCGAAAUCCAAAAUCUUCAACCAAAAUUCGCUCCAAUAAUUGCAUCGAUUGCCCACCAUUUCGCUGACGAUCUUCCUGUAAUGUAGAAAUUAGAAAAAUCUAUAUAAAGUACACCAAAAGUAAGAAAAAUUCAAGCAAACACAAUUUUCAUAAAAUAGCUUUUUGAGCACAUUAAAACUAUCGAAAAUCAACUGGAAUUAUGUUAAUUGUACUAGGAAAAGAGGUAACUAUGAAUUUGACAAGAAAUUCCAUUCAAUUUCAUGAAAAAAUAACAAAAAUACGCGAAGGAAAGAUUUUCGAAAAACAAAAAACAAGAAAAUAAAAGUAGAAAUGGAAGUGCGCCCUAUUGAUAAACAGCGAAUGUCUUGCACGCUCUCAAAAAUGUGUGUUCUUUCGUCGUUGUGACGCGCGCGUUCCCACAGAAAAAUCAAUGUUUUUCAGUCCCAAGCGUUUGUUGUGAAAUACAAUAAAAAAUUACAAAGUCUAUCAAUAAACAGCAACAAAUACUCAUUGAGUCGAAAAUAUCAAAUCAGUGAAAAUCUUCGGGUUCUCAACAUGAUUCAAACUUUCGUGAUUGCUUGUUUCGUAUACGCAUUGAUUGCAGUCCUAUUAUUCUAUCUCACUGUUUUGCAAUAUUUUUCGGGCAGUUUUGAAAGUUUUAUAAAUCAUAUUAUCGAAACUUUGAUCUAUCUGUAGGUUUUAGGUUUUAUAUUUAUUCUGAAUUAAGAGAUUUGAAUAUUUUUUUGGUAGAAAUCCAAUGUUUCUCUCGAUUGUCAUUAUGCACUCAAACACUUAUUGGAGUCGAAAAUUCUGGGGAUUUCGAAAAUCACAAACUGUGAGAGAUGUAAAACAGAAAACCAGCAUUGCUGAUGAAACUGAUAUAUACUUUCGACAACUCAAAAAUGCUUGGGUAUAA